AACGUGAAACAAUUUCAAUACCGAUGAUAACUGUAAACUCAAGCUCAAAAGGGAAACUUUUUCCUCCUCACCUGCAAUUUUCCCAGGGACCGUCUGAAUUUAUAUGAUUUUGAUUUAAAAAAUUUGUAUGCUUCCAACAAUUUUAUUUUCUCAGUAGGCGUAGGGCCACCCAGUUUCUCUCUCUAUGUAACGUAAUGAGCAGCUGCUACUCUCUCUCACUUGAGCCACUCAUGUACCUCAGUUUCUCCGACCGCUGUCGUUUCCGCCACGCCGUCGUCACCUCCGCCGCCCGCCGUCACCACCGCCGCCGCCUCCUCAAGUAUUCCCCUAAUCACCCGUCGACGCCUAGCCAUCAACCCGCCAUCUUCAAGCUCUCCGAUGACACUCUCCAAAUAACCCUAAAAUCCCCUUCUAGUUCCCUUCAGAAGCUCGAUACUAAACUCCAUCAGUUCAUCGACCUCGGCCGCGAAGCUUUCGAUGACCUGAGGACUGUCGUCGCCGUCGACGGCAGCACCGGAGGGGUCGUGAUUUCAUGUAGGAGGUCAACGGUCGAGUUCUUCUCUGCGCUGUUCGUUUCCAGUUUGGUGCUUGUAAUUGUUGUUAGGAGUUUGUUUAGAAUGCGAGAAAGUGGCGGCGAAGUACUGAUUUACAAGAGGGAUAGAAGUCUGGGCGGCAAGGAAGUGGUGGUCGGGAAGAGGGAGGAUAGUUGGUUGAGGAGCCGUACAUCGACGCCGUUGAGCUCAGAGAACGCUGAUUACUAUUACCAGAAUAAAAGCAAUAGAAGGAAUGCGUCGAGUAGGAGGAGGAAGGUGAAAUUGCCUCAGUGGUGGCCGCAAGUUGUGAGUCAAGGUCCCGUAGAAGUUGAAAAUAAGGAGGAAUAUCAGAGAUUAGCUAACCACUUGAUUCAAGUAAUCAUGGACCGAAAAAUGAACGGGGAGGACAUUUCAACCAAUGAUAUAGUCCAGCUACGCCACAUAUGCAAGACAUAUGGAGUCAGGGCCUUCAUUAGCACUGAAAAUGCACGCGAUUCACUUUAUCGUGUGUCAAUUAAUUUUGUUUUGGACUACUGUGCAAGCAUACCAGAUUUAUCCUCCUCAAUUGAGAUUAAUGGUGAGGGUGUGCGGGAGUUCAUAGCUGGAUUUUCUGAUAACCUUGGUCUUGAUAGUUAUCAUGCUGCAAGAAUGGUAUCUGCAGCUGUUGCUGCACGCACACGGUCAAAAAUCCUACAGGCUUGGGCACUAGAAGUCCAAAAUAAGCAUUCUGAAGCACUAGUCGAGCUAUUCAAAGUAUGUCUUAUUCACCGGAUCUUCCCUCCUGAGGAGAACUCGCCUGAGAUGGAAAUGGUAGCUCAAAGUCUUGACAAGUCCUUAAAUGUAGACCAAAGAGAACAUUUAUUGAACUCCUUCAUCACUGUUUGUGGUGAAGAUAUUGAUCAAGGUGUCGUGGAAGCACUGGGUUUGGUAGGUGCCAAAGAUGAACAGGGAACCCAGCAUGUUUUAUAAUGCAUACAUAGUUCUUAACUGGACUACCACAAUAUCAAGGCGGUAGCUAUAUCUCAAUUAAAUUCGGAUCACCACUGAGGAGGUUGGAAUUUUAACACCGUUCUCAGGUAUGAUACUCAAAUCAUGUGUAGUUUUUUUAGGUCUGCAGCAACAGCUGGAGCUUGGGAAUUUUUGCCUUGAAGCUCAUUCUUGCAGAUUAACUUAUUUUGCUAUAGUUUCGAGCAGAUUGGAAAUACCAAGUCUUUAUAACAUAUUGAUUUGAAAAUCGAAUUUGUACACACUUUUUCUUUUUCAGAUAAAAGAAAUGUAUGCUAGUAGAUAUUUACAGGUUGAUGUAGUAACCAUAAUCUACUUCUUUCGAGUAUGUUAGCUUCUUUCUAAUAUACAUGUUCAUCGAUGAUGUACCAAUGACACGAGGUUGCCAUUUACUAUGUGAAUAAAAAUAAUAAAUCUCGCAUUUUUUAAAAUGAAAAA